UCUCGUUUUUGUUGGUUUCCACCUUUUUCCAGUGGGAGGAGCUGAGCAGAGAAGGAGUUUAGGAAGUGUUUGGUUACUUCUGAGAUUCUGCUGUUCCUUAGAGAGCGAGCGAUGACGGUAGCAGCAGGAAUGGGUUACGCUCUGCUAGCGUUAGGACCCUCUCUCUCCAUCUUCGUUUCUGUCAUUUCCAAAAAACCCUUCCUCAUUCUCACCGUUCUCUCCAGCACACUGCUGUGGCUUAUAAGUUUGAUUGUGCUGUCUGGAAUAUGGAGGGGGGUUUUGCCUCUCAACACAACAGCUUGGUGGCCUUUUGGAAUACUCAUUUUCUCAUCUGUUGCUUUUCAAGAAGCCCUCAGGCUUUUCUCCUGGAAAAUAUAUAAGAGGUUACAAGAUAUGUUAGAUGCCUUUGCUGAUAGAAUAUCAAAACCACAUCUUCACCUGACAGAUAAGAUGCUGAUUGCUCUGGCUGGUGGGUUGGGUCAUGGUGUUGCCCAUGCUGUGUUCUUCUGCAUCAGCCUAUUAACUCCUGUAUUUGGUCCAGCAACAUAUUUCGUUGACAGGUGUUCAAAAGUUCCAUUUUUCCUUCUUUCUGCGAUUAUUGCUCUUGCAUUUGUCACAAUCCACACUUUCUCAAUGGUCAUCGCAUUUAAUGGGUACUCAGAGGGGAACAAAGUGGAUCAAUAUUUUGUUCCCAUUGUUCACGUUGUCGCUGGAAUGGUGACUCUGGUGAAUUUGGCCCCUGGCGGUUGUGCUUUUGGCAUUCCUCUUCUUUAUUUGGUUGCAAUCUUGACCUUGAUUCAUUGUGGGAGGAUGGUUUGGAGAAAAUUGACAGAAAACCCAAUCAGGCUGGUUCACUCGUAAUGCGGGCUUGCAGAAAGUAUUCAGAAAAGAAAAUCUAGUAGAUUAAGAGAUUAUUGCUUAAAUUGGGACAUUAUCCCCCUCGCGUCGAAAAACCAUUUUAUGUCCGAAUGUUACUUGGGUACAUUGCAGUAAGUGUAUAUAUGGGUUAUUUAUCUCCAUGAGAUGAAGUUAAUCUCUAAGUUACACAACGUA